AUGAACGGACACGCUAAUGGGCAUGCGGAAACGCGCUACGACGUAGUGAUCAUCGGCGCAGGCGUCUCAGGAAUCAACGCCGGCUUUCGCAUACAGGACCAAUGUCCAGGCUUCAGCUAUACCAUCCUCGAGGCGCGUGAUGACCUCGGAGGUACCUGGGAUCUCUUCCGCUACCCAGGCAUUCGCUCGGACUCAGAUCUGUUUACUUUCGGAUUUCAGUUUAACCCUUGGAACCUCGACAAGCCCAUUGGAGAGGGUCACCUGAUCAAGAACUACGUACGCGAGACCGCCGAAAAGUUUGGAAUCGACAAGCAUAUCAAGUACCACCACCGCGUCGUGUCUGCGGACUGGUCAAGCAACGACAGUACUUGGUCUCUCCAAGUGGAGCGCGAUGGGACCCCGACGACCUAUACCGCUCGAUUCGUCAUUUUCGCUUCCGGAUACUACAACUACGAAAAGCCGCUCGAGGCUGUGAUUCCGGGUCUGGAUAAUUUCCAAGGCCAGCUAAUUCAUCCUCAGUUCUGGCCGGAGGAUCUGGACUACGCGAAUAAGAAGAUUGUCAUCAUUGGUAGUGGUGCCACUGCGAUCACUCUGCUCCCAAACCUGGCCGAGAAAGCCGAAAGAGUGACCAUGAUCCAGCGCAGUCCCUCUUAUAUCCUCUCGCUUCCUAAUCGCACCUCUAGCUGGUUUCUCAAAUAUUUCAUGCCCACAACCGCUUAUCUCAGGCUGCAACGCUUCAUUUGGCUUCUGAGCUCUCGCUUUUUCUUCCUCUUCUGUCAACGGUUCCCCUCCAUCGCCCGCUGGAUUCUCAACCGUCGUGCGGGCAGAGAGUUGCCCAAGCAUAUCCCUGUGAACCCUCACUUCACCCCCCGCUACAAUCCGUGGGACCAACGUCUUUGCGUCUCUCCUGAUGGUGAUUUCUAUGAGAGCUUGCGUCGCGGGAAGGCUGAUGUGCGGACGGAUACCAUCAAGACCGUCACAAAGAAGGGGGUCACGCUUAGCUCCGGUGAAACUGUAGACGCCGAUAUCCUUAUCACCGCGACAGGUCUCAAGCUGCAGAUCGCCGGUGGCGCUACCUUAUCGGUAGACGGCGAGAAGGUUGAUAUUGGCCACCGCUAUCUGUGGAACGGAGUCAUGCUCCAGGACCUUCCCAAUGCCUCUUUCAUCAUUGGAUACACCAACGCUUCGUGGACGCUGGGCUCGGACGCCACUGCGCAGUUCAUCACUCGCCUGCUCAACUCGAUGAAGACGCGCAAGUUGAUCGCUGCUACCCCGACCAUGACUCCCGAGCUCGAGGCGACUAUUCAACGCCGACCUCUGCUGAAUCUCACCUCCACUUACAUCAAUGUUGCCGACCGCGUUCUUCCCUCGCUGCCGAUCGUGGCCCAUGGCAACCGCGUGACCACUACAUGA